UGCUGGCCUGAUCGGACUUUGUGCCUAUGGGUACCACAUUUACAUGGUGUUUGGUACGUGAGCAAGCCAGAUCUCACCUUGCAGCUGCACCGCAAGUAAGUAGCACUUGUCAGCCCGGCACUCGACCGGGACACGCGAGUGCGUUCUCUUCUCUUUCUUCGUGUGCCUCCUCCACCUGUGUCAAAUCUCUUGCGCUCUUGGAUGCUGGACAUCGUAGAACUCAUCUUCAGACCUGUGAAGCUGCAUGAGAGACCUCAAAAUCGCCAUGGAGAUCGAGACUCCACCUUCACCGCACAGUCCACCGCCAAGGUUUUCUGUGUCAGAGGCUGCCACGCCGCGCUUCACCGAGCACAUCCAUGAUUCCCCACCAUACCAACAGUAUCAAAAUUUCGACGCACAAGACACUGGAGUUCCUCGCUAUGGCUCAGAUGCAGGCACACUCGUCGAUGGCAGGCUAUCGAAAAAGGACAGACCAUAUUCUCCCAGCGAGCUAGAUGACAUGCCUAUGGCGGAGACUUACCGUAACAAAAAUGACGAGAGUGAGAAAGAAGUGGUCAUACCUCCCAUCGCGCCAGAAGCUUUCCCCCAACAGACAGACAAUACAAUACGACCUCAAAGGAGACGCAUCUGCGGCAUUUCGGCAAUACUAUUCUGGUUGAUUCUGGCUGCCAUCAUAAUACUAGGGAUAGCACUGGGCGUGGGGCUUGGCGUCGGGUUAAAUCAAGACGAUGAGGAUGAUGAUUCUUCACGAGGUCCAGACGUGAACGCAACAUUUUUGAUCGGUGGCGCGAUAGAUCCCGAAUACUACUCGAGCGAAGGUGCUUUCAAUGGAUCUGGCAUUGCCUUAGCUUCUCAAUCCUUUUCUCGGGAGCUACAAGAAGGCACUCAAGGGACUCUCGUCAUGUACUACCAACACUACAAUGGCGAUAUCCGAUUCAAACAACUUGCCAAUGAUGGCAGCUGGAAAGGCGGGGACUUUUCAGCAGUUGUUGCGCAGGACGCGAAGAACAGCACUCCUCUGUCUGCCGUGUCGUACGUGCUGAACAAUGCCAGCACCUGGCACGUGUUCUACAUAGACCAGAAUAACACUCUGAAGCAGAGAUCGAACAGUAACACGACCAAUGUAUGGACAGACGGGCCUAUCAACAAUCUGAAUCUCCAGGUGUAUGAUGCAGACAUGGUCGGCAUGCAGGCCUGUUGGUACGGCAGCGAGUAUGGAGACAGUGAUUACGCUCAUUCUCCACUUCCGAACGAGGACCCAAAUGCCAGUCGUAGUGCAGAAGCGGGCAUGCACAUGUGGUAUGCAUCGGACGCUACGACUUUCCAGCAGCUCGGAUGGCGGAACGGCGACGACACCUGGGAACAUCAGUUCACUUGGGACUCCAAGAAUGGUCACGCUGGUGUAGGCUGUUAUUCUUGGGGUCCUGGGACAGUGACAUAUGUGAUGUUUGUCAAUGAGCAGAACGCCGUGGAAUUUUGGUGGAAGGACACGAAUACGAAUGUGACGAAUACGACAAGCCAUCCUGUGAACGUAUGGACGAGAUCUUCAAUUGCAAUCGACAAUGUACAUCCGGCGACGAGCCUUGGCUACACAAACUACUUCUACGCCCAAGAUGCAGAUUCUCUGCUCUUCAAGGGCUACAACAUCUCGUGGGCGGCAGAGAAUAGUUCAAUUGUCGGCGAACCUUUCGAGGUUCCAGGCGAUCCUGGUCUGCCUGGGACGCACUUGAGUGUGUCCGCCUUGCCAAACGCAUCUGGCGGGAGUGACAUUGUGGUGUUCUAUCAAAAAGAGGGCGACGACAUCACUGUACACCAGAGGGAUCUGGUCGCUGGGCCAUGGACGGCCGCUCAAAUUCCUCUCCUACAUUGAAAGUGGGCAUGAGAACAUGGAAAUCGUCGUUUAUCAUCAGCGUGGUGUUUGGGAGUUGCCAUCAAGCGACGAAAGGGAACAUUCGUUGAUAGCUUCUGUUGUUCAAAUUUACGAUAAACGGA